UCGACUCUCAUUCUACAAAGAAACGCAGACGCCGACAGACCAUUUUGGUUAACGCUUGUGCCUUGGUACUCGUAUUGUGCUAUUGUUAAAACCGUUAUUUUUGAGUGUGUUACGUGGGAGUGAUCUAAUAAAAACAAGAAAAUAUUAGAUACGAGUAAUAUUCAAGAGUCGAUAGAAUGGAGUUGACUAAUGUGAAAAUUGAUGGUGAUCUUGAGCCACCCACAAUCGGCAAUGGACCUACAGCAAAUAGUGCCACUGAAAAGGAAAAAACUCAGACCAAACUUUUGUAUGCGAUUAACGAAAACCCACCAUGGUAUUUGAGCAUAUUCCUAGCAUUGCAACAUUACCUCACCAUGAUUGGUGCUAUUGUUUCUAUUCCAUUCAUUUUAACUCCCGCUCUUUGUAUGUCCGAUGAAGAUCCCGAUCGUGGCGUUAUUAUAUCAACAAUGAUAUUCGUAACGGGUAUCGUUACCCUAUUGCAAGCCACAUGGGGAGUACGGCUGCCUAUAGUGCAAGGUGGUACAAUAUCAUUCUUGGUGCCUACAUUGGCCAUUCUCGCGUUGCCGCAAUGGAAAUGUCCCGCAGUCGAACAGAUUGACGCUUUGAAUGAGGACGAGCGUAAGGAGCUGUGGCAAAUACGUAUGCGAGAAUUAUCAGGAGCGAUCGCAGUAUCGGCAUUAGUUCAGGUUGUGUUGGGCUACACUGGCUUGGUUGGUAAAAUUUUACGCUUCGUGACGCCACUUACCAUUGUGCCCACGGUCUCCUUGGUCGGCCUCACUUUAUUUGAGCAUGCUGCUGAAACAGCAUCAAAACACUGGGGUAUCGCAGUUGGAACGACUGCUAUGCUAACUUUAUUCUCUCAAAUAAUGGCCAAUGUGUCAGUGCCAUUUCUAGCUUAUCGAAAGGGUGAAGGCAUCGAAAUACGUAGCUUCCAGUUGUUCAGAAUGUUUCCGGUGCUGUUAACCAUCGCUAUAAUGUGGGGGCUGUGUGGAAUUUUAACACUAACCAAUGUUUUUGAAGAAGGGCAUCCAUCUCGCACGGACGUGCGUUUGAAGGUGUUGACCAAUGCCAAAUGGUUUUACGUUCCAUACCCUUUUCAAUUCGGCUUACCGUCGAUUACAUUGUCGGGAGUACUGGGCAUGUUGGCGGGCGUUUUGGCUUGUACCGUAGAAUCAUUGAGUUACUAUCCGACGGUAUCUCAAAUGUCUGGCGCACAAUCUCCACCACUUCACGCCAUUAAUCGUGGCAUCGGCACUGAAGGUCUUGGAACAGUUUUAGCUGGAAUUUGGGGUGCAGGAAAUGGCACAAAUACCUUUGGUGAAAACGUGGGCGCCAUUGGAGUAACUAAGGUUGGUUCGCGUCGUGUUAUUCAAUGGGCUGCCAUUAUAAUGUUAUUGCAAGGCGUGAUUGGCAAAUUUGGUGCCGUAUUUAUAAUGAUACCAGACUCGGUGGUCGGUGGUAUCUUUUGUGUGAUGUUUGGCAUGAUUAUUGCCUUUGGACUCUCCACUUUGCAAUACGUGGACUUGCGUUCGGCGCGAAAUCUCUACAUUAUUGGCUUAUCGAUUUUCUUUCCUAUGGUCUUAUGUAAAUGGAUGCAGGAACAUCCGGGAGUGAUUAAUACAGGCAAUGAGACGCUCGAUUCGACACUAUCCGUUUUGUUGGGUACAACAAUUCUCGUGGGUGGCUUGUUGGGUUGCUUCUUGGAUAAUAUUAUUCCAGGCACUGCCGAAGAGCGCGGUCUUGUCGAGUGGGCUAACGAAAUGCCUCUUGGCGAUGCUAAUGUCAAUGAUGGUACAGCCACGGAUUAUGAUUUCCCAUGGGGCAUGGAAACUUUAAGAAAGUGGAAAUGGACUUACUACAUACCGUUCUUACCAACUUACAAACUACAAAAAAUAAGUUAAAUACAAAUUAUUUAUCUCCCUAAUUGUGUACUUAGUAAAUUAUGAAAGCGCUUGUGUAAAUUUUGUACUUACAUGUAUGUGAUGUUUUUUUAAUGAAAUUAAAGAAUUAAAUUCAUUAAGCUUCUUUGGUAAGCUGAAAAUAAGAUACCAUUUUACUUAAACUCAGAUUAGUCCAUCUAGCGUUCGAAAUUUGAAAUAAACCGGCUAUAAAUAAAAAGCAUUUUAAUAUUUAAAAA